AUGAUUAUCGAGGGGCCACAGUUGCUAAAAGUCGAAUCACUUCAUAACAGAGGUAGCUGCUACUUCCGACACUAUCGCCAAGACAGUGAUCCUCAGGUGACCAAUCAAAAGGCACAGCGUGGUUACAACAGACGGCGGAUAAGGAAUAAAAGUAGAGCUACAGUGUUCAGGAAGUUCCUGAUCAAUACGUUUGGUUUGGGUAUGUUGAAUAGCGGCAGCGGAGUGCUGGACGUGGCUGCGGGGCGAGGGCUACUCAGCUACGAACUGUUGAAUCUAAAUGACAUCUCCACGUUAAGGAUAGAACCAAGACGUACUCGAGCAGGACGGCGGUUUAAGUUUCUGUUAGAGAAGGGCGCUUUUCACCGGAAUAAAGACAUCGGCCAGGUCACCAGUACCUUCGGCAGCAAUAUAAAGAUACCGCAGCAGCUGCGGAUCUGUUUGGAUCGUAACUUUGUGAGCCACGCGAAAGUGGGCACGCUCACACAGGACAUCGUCGACGAGUAUGUAGAGCGUGCAGAUUGCCUUAUAUGGAACAAAAAAGGAUUGCAGCCUGCAGACGGCACAGGAAAUAUAAUAAUGCCACUCGCGGACGAGGAGGCAGGUCACCCGUUUUCGGACGAGGAGGAACCGAUCUCAGGCGAUGAAGAAACCCCGGAAACUAGUCAGCAUCUGAAAAGUGAUGCACGCGACAUCAGCAAACACCUCACAACAUUCUCGGUUGUGGUGGGUAUGCACCCGGAUCAAGCCACGGAUAUGAUUGUGGAGUUGGCGUUGUGCACGGACAAAAGCUUCGCGUGCGUACCGUGCUGUGUGUUCAGCAAGCAGUUUCCAAAGAGGAGGCUCAAGGACGGUAGUCGGGUUAGCACAUACGAUGAGUAUAUACAAUACAUUGUGGAAAAGGAUCCUGAGCACAUCAAGGUGGAAACUCUGGAAUUUGACGGGAAGAAUAAAGUAGUAUAUAGAGUACAUAAUAGAAGUACUGACAUCUCAACCUCAAGUACAAUAGGUGAAUAAAACACGAGAACGUAC